AUGGCGUAUCAGGGGGCCUUGGUGGAGCGCGUGAGAGAGCAGAUGGAGCAGCAGGACCGCGAGAUCGACCGGCUGGAGCGUGACCCUGACGGCGACGUGGCCCACGAGGCGCUGCUGCUGGAGCGCGACAGGCUGAGGUGGCUGGUCAAGGCCUACCUAAGGACGCGGCUGGCCAAGGUCCAGGAGUUUGCGGCCCUCGUGCUGCGCGACUCCAACGGCGUGCAGCGCCGCGUGAGCCCCCAGGAGCUGAAGUUUGCCAACGACCACUAUCUGGCCCUGGGGCGACUCAUGAACGACGCGGUGCUGACCCACCUGCCCCCAAACUACAGCAGCCUGCUGAAGCGGUUCAACGGUGAGAGCGGCCAGGCCCUGGUGGAGGAGCCAGACACAGACGUCUUUGUGUUCUGCAUGGUGGACAGGGACUGCGGCCAGAUCCCAGACGGGCCGAACGGAGAGACAGCAGAGCUGAAUGCAGGCGACAUCCUGAACAUCAGGUACAAGCACAUUGCCCACCUGGUGCACGGCGGCCAGGUUCACCUAGUCUGA